CAAUAAAUGAAUUGGAGUGGGUAUCAGGUGAAGCCAAAGUAAGUGGAGAGUGGCGUAGAUGGUUCUAAUUUAACUAAUUAAAUUGCCGAUCGGAGGUUUUUCUAGAUGUUGGAUAACGCGCUUUGCCAAGGGACUCAAGAGCACCCAGCAUCUUUGGUCAAAACCAUCAUCUAUUUGACUAUCCAUUGUUUUUUUUUUUUUGCUUAAAUCAUCUCUCACAUUCAAGAUUUGAGGUAUGAAUCUUGGAUUGGGCAUAUUCAUAAAAGUUGGGCAGGCUUUGCUUUCCCUAAAUGGGUUUUGAAUCCUGGAUUGGUUUCAUUCAUUUCAACCUAGAGGGCUUUUAGCCCAUCGCAAUGCCGUCCGAACAAGGAAAUAGCGUUUUUUAUUUACACUUUUCUCAUCUGAACCAUCUUCCUUUUUUUCUCUGUUGCGCCCGCCGAUCUCCAUGGCUGAAGCCAGUAGGACGCUGCUCUUCUCCUAUGGAACUUUGAAACAAGGCCAUCAAAACCAUUUCCUAAUGCAAGACCUUAUCCGCAAAAAAGACGCUAAUUUUUUAGGACCCUAUGUGACCCAUCAAUCCCACCCACUUGUUAUAGGCCCACACGGCAUCCCCUACCUCAUCAACCACCCUGGAUGCGGUCAUCGAGUGAAGGGCGAGUUGUACUCUGUGUCCGCUCAGGGACUAGUACGAGUGGAUGAACUGGAAGGCACCAGUAUCGGACACUACGAGCGAUUACCCAUUCAAGUGUGCGAAGAAGGGAAAGAUAGCGUCUUGGUGGCGGCGCAAGGUUAUUUCGCUCAUCGGAGCUUCGGGGAAAAGUUGUGGGAGAGGAAAGGGAAGGUGGGUUUGGCGGAGUUUGGGGAUAAAGAGGGAAAAGAGUAUGUUAGAAAAGAGGAUAGGGCUCCAGGAAGUGGUUGCAUCAUUUAUCACCUCUGAUGAUUAAUGUGCAGUUUGAAUCAAAUAAAUUGUAUGGUUACAAUUGGUUUUAUAUGAAGUUUCUUUGUUUUCUA